AUGCUACAGUCACAUAUCCACCAGGCCCCGUACGAAUUUUUCUACCUACGGCGAAUUUCUAUGAUUUCGGGAAAUCGGGGGAAUCGCAGGGAAAAUGUUGCUGUCGGGAAGACUGCGUCUCAGAGCUCAUACGUCGACACUAGUAUAAGUGCAAACAACGCUGUGGAUGACAACACCACACAGUUAUCGUGUAUUCUUACCGCCACAAAUCAGUCAUACACCUGGUGGGAGGUGGAUUUGGGUGAACAGUAUUUCAUUCAUGAAGUUGUAAUCCACUUCAGGACAGGCUGGACAUGGAGGCGAAAUGGAAUUCAGGUGUACACGUCUAUUUCACCACAACAGAGUAAUAAUGGACAGCCAUGUGGUGAACAAAUCUCAGGUAACAUGGAUGGAUCUGGCAUCCCGGAUGUUCCAACUAGAACCUGUAAUGUGAUGGGGAGGUACGUGACACUCUACCAAGCCACAUAUAACCGUGGUACAUGCGGUGACUAUAACUGUGAUGGUACGACGGCCAUGGAUUUCUGUGAAGUUUUGGUUAUGGCAUGCACGCCGAAUGUCAAAUACGGAGCUAACUGUGACAUGAACUGUAUCCAACGUAAAUGCGCAUCUUCGUCUGCAUCAUGCGAUGUACAGACAGGAAAUUGUGGAAAUGGUGGAUGUCGUCCAGGCUACCAGGGACUCGACUGCACACAAGCAUGUGCGAGUGGUGUAAAGUACGGCUCUAACUGUAUCAAACCAUGUGAUGACCGUCACUGUGCUCCUAGUGGCUCGUACAGAUCCACGUGUCCUGCAGCUACUGGAAAAUGUUAUUGGGGAUGUGACCCAGGAUGGAAGGAAGAUGACUGUACACAAGCAUGUGAGAGUGGUGUAAAGUACGGCUCUAACUGUAUGAAGUCAUGUGAUGCCCGACACUGUGCCCCUAGUGGCUCGGACAAAUCCACGUGUCCUGCAGCUACUGGAAAAUGUGAGUGGGGAUGUACCCCAGGAUGGAAGGGAGACGACUGUACACAAGGAACGAAUCUCCUCAGUGGAUAA